AUGGGGGAGGAGAAGCCUUACACUCCUCGGAACAUAUUGGUGACGGGGGGAGCAGGUUUCAUAGGCAGCCAUGUCGUCGUCCGCCUGGUGCAGCGCUACCCCCAGUACAGGGUGGUGGUCUUUGACUGCCUGGACUACUGCGCCACCCUGCACAACCUCCAAGCCGUCAAGGAUGCCCCCAACUUUAAGUUCAUCAAAGGGGACAUCAAGAGCGGGGACCUGCUGUAUUACGUGAUGGAAACUGAGAAAAUCGACACCGUCAUGCACUUUGCCGCCCAGACACAUGUGGACCACUCGUUUGGGAACAGCGUCAGCUUCACCAUCAACAACAUGUACGGCACCCAUGUCCUGCUGGAGGCUGCUCGGCGGUACGGGCAAGUCCAUCGCUUCAUCAACGUAUCCACAGAUGAGGUGUAUGGGGAGACCUCCUUUGGCCUGGCGGCCGGCCUGGUCGAGAAGAGCCGGCUGGAGCCCACCAAUCCGUAUGCGGCAGCCAAGGCACGCAGGAGGGGAAGGAGACUCUUGAGGCAUGCGGGGGCAGAGAUCAUGGCCCUGGCAUACUACACCUCCUAUCAGCUCCCCGUCAUCAUCACCCGUGGCAACAAUGUCUACGGUCCGGGCCAGUUCCCAGAGAAGCUCAUCCCCAAAUUCAUCCUCCUGGCGGCCAGCGACCGGCCCCUCACCGUGUACGGGGCGGGCGAGGCCGUACGCUCUUAUCUGUACAUUGCUGACGUGGCCGCGGCCUACGACGCCGUCCUGCACUGUGGGCUGGUGGGGGAGGUGUACAACAUCGGCAGCGUGCGGGAGCGCUCGGUGCUGGAGGUGGCUCACGACAUCGGCGCCGCCUUUGGCAGGCAGGCGCCGCUGCUCGAGCAUGUGCGCGACCGAGCCUUCAAUGAUAGGCGGUACUUCAUCAACAAUGACAAGCUGGCGGCACUGGGUUGGGAGGAGAGCACGUCGUGGGAGCAGGGUCUGAGGAAGACGAUAGACUGGUACCUGAACCUCCCUUCGCCCGCUGAGUAUUGGGACAAUGGGAAUUUGGAUGCUGCCCUCCAGCCGCAUGCUGGACUGAAUCGCCAGCGGCGAGUGGUGCCCCUGGAAGGGCAAAAUGGCUUCUGA